AUGGGCAAGAAGGAGAAGGUCCCCCCGCCCGGGACCAGCAAGGACCCGACGACAAAUUUCUACACGAGAAGGAAGUGGCGGGCGCUGCUUUUCCAGGCUGCUCUUGAGUUGCAGGGGAAGAGCAUCGUCCCCCGCGGUGCCCUGGUGAUUGGCACGGCUCUCAUGAAGAACAAGCACGUUGUUCGCCUAGAUCUCUCGCACAACAAUAUCGGUGAUGAGGGGGCCGUGACGAUGGCGGAGGUUCUGCGUAAAAAUGAAUCCAUUCAGUACUUGAAUCUGGCGCAGAACGGUAUCACGGACGUGGGCGGGAUAGCGCUGGCCAGCGCUUUCGUUCCCAAUGUAAACCCCAAUGGGCAGCCUGGGCAGUGGAACCGCACCUUGUUCAGCCUUGUCCUGGCGGGCAACGAUCUGGGCGAUGACACGCUGUUGGCCAUGAGCAAGGCGGCGGCGUGCCACCGUGACCUCGUCUCCGUCGACCUGAGUUGGAACCACGUUGGCCCGCUGGGGACAAAGUGUCUGCUGCGGUCGAUGCAGCGCAAUCCGCUGUGCGUCUACCACCUCAUGGCGAACAGGAUUGGCGACGCCGGCACCACGUACCUUUGCGAGGCGAUGCGCCGCUUCGCCGGGAAGGGAAUCACGUCACUCAACCUCUUCCGCAACGACGUUCGCCACAGAGGCUGCGAGGCGGUUGGGCAGCUGCUGGAAAACAACGAGUUCCUCCUUGACGUUAGUCUGCACAGCAACACGCUUGGGCUGAAGGGGAUGCAGGUGUUCCGCCAGCAUUUCACCGCCGCCCCUAACCGGGUGCGCUCACUCAAUAUAGCGAACUGCAUGCUGGGCGACGACGGCGCCUCCGAGGUAGCGGCGCUCAUCGCGGCAAACCCACCGGCGCUGGAGCGCCUGAACGUAGCGAGCAACGGCUUCUCCGACGACGGUGGAGUGGUCAUUGUCAAGGCGCUUUUAAAGAACACCGCCCUCAUUAUGGUGAGCUGCGCCGAUAACACCUUCGAUGCAAAAACUGUGGAUGCGACCGGGGAUCUCAUUGCCACCACGAAGACGCUGAAGCUGCUUGACUUCAGCAAGUCAAUUGAGUCCGUCGAGAUGCGGCGCACCCUCGCCUUUGCCGCCAGUGACACCGAUGGCAUUCGCAUCGAGGUGGGAGAGGUGCAGGAGGAGACCCUCGAGGACAUGCUGCAGCACAUCGCGGAGCAUAUGCAGAUGAUUUUGGACGCCGAGGCGGAAAAAGCAAAGAGCAAAAAGCCCAGGAAGAAGUCAAAGAAGGAGUGA